GUUUUGUUUGCGUUUGAGUUGAGUGUUGCGAACUUGUGUGGCUUCUGGCUUUGUUUCACAAGCCUUUGUGUGAAUAUUUAAUUACUUUUGAGUUGUAUUAAUGUCUGGUUAAAUAUUUACAAUCAUCAUGGCAGCUAGUGAAUCUCAGAAGCCUGAUGGGUUUAAAGACAAUAUUUCCAACAACUCAAUCGACGAGGGUUUGCCGAGAGAGCUGAGUCAAUUAAGUCUCGCAAGUGCUGCGAGCCAAGAUGAGUUUACUGAUAAAGGGCACGCUGAAAACACGUUGAAGAAUGUUUGCAGCUACUAUCAGUCCCAAAAGCUUUGCGACAUUGUGCUGAUAGCUGGCGGCUGCAGAAUACCCGCACACAAGGUAGUGCUGGCAUCAUGCAGUGAGUACUUUGCGGCCAUGUUCACGGGUGCACUCCGCGAGGCCGAGCUGCCGGAGAUCACACUGGAGCGCGUGGACCCGCAGGCACUGCAGGCACUCAUACACUACUGCUACACCGGCAAUAUAGAGCUAAGGGAAGAGUCAGUGGAGGUCCUGCUGUCGACUGCCAGCUUGCUACAACUGAACACGGUGACCAACGCUUGCUGCGCUUUCCUCAAGAAACAGCUGGACCCGUGCAACUGUCUCGGCAUUGCGCUGUUUGCAGAGCAACAGGGCUGCUUGGCUUUACACAAACAAGCUUUGGAAUACACGUACCAACAUUUUAUGCAGGUAGUGAAGCACCAAGAGUUCCUCUCCCUGCGCUCCGAACAGCUGGCCAGCCUGUUCAAGUCGGACGAGCUGAACGUGAACAGCGAGGAGAACGUGUUCGAGAGCCUCAUGGCGUGGGUGCAGCACGAGCCUUCGCGGGAGACACAGCUGCCGCAGCUGUUGAAGCUUAUCAAACUGCCGCUGCUUACUUCUGAGUAUCUGAUAGACAAAGUGGAAGUGGCGUGUGGCAACGUGGCGGAAUGCCAACCUCUCAUCAUGGAGGCCGUCAAAUGGCAUCUGCUCCCGGACAGAAGACUCAACCUCUCGUCCAAUAGGACGCGACCGCGAACCUCUACCAUUGGUCGAUUACUCGCCAUAGGAGGCAUGGAUGGCUAUAAGUUAUGCAGUGGCCACGGAAUCAACAUCCCGAAUUCUCAAAAUGGAUACAACAAGGGCGCAAGCAACAUGGAGAUGUACGACCCGCGCUCGGACACGUGGGCUCCCUUCAUGCGCAUGGGCGCGCGCCGGCUGCAGUUCGGCGUCGCCGUCAUGCAGAACAAGCUCGUCGUCGCGGGCGGCCGGGACGGGUUGAAGACGCUCAAUACGGUGGAAUGCUUCGACCUGACCUCGCUGAGCUGGAGCACGCUGGCGCCCAUGAACACGCACCGGCACGGGCUGGGCGUGGCCGUGCUGGGCGACGCGCCCAACUCGCCCAUCUACGCCGUCGGCGGCCACGACGGCUGGAUCUACUUGAACUCUGUGGAGAGAUGGGACGCAUGCACACGCACGUGGACGCUAGUGGCGCCGAUGGCGGGCGCGCGCAGCACGUGCGGCGUGGCGGCGCUGGGCGGGCGGCUGUACGCGGCGGGCGGGCGGGACGGCGGCGCCUGUCUCCGCUCUGUCGAGUGUUAUGACCCGGCUACUAACCACUGGACCCCGUGUGCUCCGAUGACUAGGCGGAGAGGGGGAGUUAGCGUAUGCGCAGCGGGCGGCUACCUCUACGCGCUGGGCGGGCACGAGGCGCCAGCCAACGCGGCGGGCGGGCGCCUCGCGUGCAUCGAGCGGUACGACCCGGCCACCGACUCCUGGCUACUGCUGGCGCGGCUGUCUUGUGCCAGGGAUGCUAUAGGGUCGUGCUUGUUGGGCGACAGGAUCGUUGCUGUUGGUGGAUACGACGGCGUCCAAUACCUCUGCAUCGUGGAGAUAUACGACCCAGAAACCAACACUUGGAAGAAGUUAUCUCCCCUGGGGGCAGGCAGGGCCGGCGCGGCCGUGGUUGCCAUUCCACCUCCAAGAAAUGUCUUCUGAUACAUCAACCACCAGUUGUGGACCUACAUAGUCGCGCAAGCCAUGGAGGAAUAUGAUGAUGACGACUAGAGAAUGGGUCCACUAAAACUCACUCUUGUAAUGGGUUAGGAAUCUAAUGAUAGAUAGCGUAACGGACGGGUUUGUUCUUCUGAGAUAUUUUUGGUAGGUAUGUGAAGUGUCCCAAAAGUAGUAGUAAAGUAAAAUAAGAAGUU